UCCGAGGUACCAAACAACACAACCUUAAAUAUCUUCCUAUAUAAAAAAGUCAACUUUGGCUAAUUCACAAUUGUCUGCGCGCCUCAGCAGAUCACUGCUUUAUAGUGAAUACCAGAAGCAGAUCCCGGACCUGAAGUCCUGAACGCAUCCGCACAAUUGAUUUGCAGAUUUUACGACGUUGAUGUUUUGGGAGUUGAGCACCAGGUCUCCUUCCUGAAACUUUAUUCUGAUUCCAUGCGGAUGCUGUUCAUACUUUUGGCGUUGCCCCUAUAAAAAGCACCGCCAGCCGCCACGGAUUCCGCCGCCGCCGCCUCCCGAUCGCCGGAAGUCCGCAAGAUGGAGACGAAUCCAACGCCGCCGCUGAUGACCAAAAAGGAAGAAGAUGAAGUCGAGAAAGUCUUCCACAAAAUCGACGUCGACGGCGACGGCAAGAUCUCGGAGACGGAGCUCGGCGCCGUCCUCUGCGGCCUCGGCUCCACGACCACCGCCGACGAGAUGGCCGUCGUGAUGUCGGAUUUGGACGCCGACGGCGACGGUUACAUCGAUCUGAACGAGUUCAAAUCCUUCCGGUGGCUUGGCGGCGGCGACGGCGAGUUGCAGGAGGCGUUUGAUCUGUACGAUAAGGAUAGGGACGGGAAGAUCACGGCGGCGGAGCUGCAGUCGGUGCUCCGAGGGCUGGGCGAGGAGAGCUCUGUGGAGGACUGCCGGAGAAUGAUCGGAGCCUUUGACGUCGACGGCGACGGAUGCAUCGAUUUCGAGGAAUUUAGGAAGAUGAUGAUUGGGGAUUCUCAGUUGAAUUGAAAUUGUGCAUUUCAGAUUAGGGUUUCUACUAACUUAUUAGUUUUAAUUAUUGUCUGUUUCUAAGCCACGAUCUAUAUUGGAAGUUUAUUGUG